GCAGCAUCCCCAGCCAAAAUUUAACUCAAAAUACAAUCUUCCUCUUCCAGUCUUGCAGCCUGCCUGCUUCUGCUAUUGCUUGUCACAACUGUGUGUUUUUGUAAUAACUUAAAUAUAAGGUAGAGAGUUUGCCUUUUUGUGUUGUCGGGAUUUACUUGAAGUAUAGGGGAUAACGCCCACUGGACAAGGUCAUGGUGCAAACUUUAGGAAUGAUUGAAGACUCUGGGAAAAGGGUUAGUAACAUGGCCGAAAGAAGGCAAUUGUUUGCAGAAAUGCGGGCCCAAGAUUUGGAUCGAAUCCGUCUGUCAACGUACCGAACAGCAUGUAAGAUUCGCUUUGUGCAGAAGAAAUGUAACUUGCACUUGGUAGAUAUAUGGAACAUCAUAGAAGCAUUACGAGAAAAUUCUCUGAACAACCUGGACCCAAACAUAGAACUAAAUGUGGCACGUCUGGAAGCAGUGCUGUCUACUAUAUUUUACCAACUAAAUAAGAGGAUGCCAACUACCCACCAAAUAAAUGUAGAGCAGUCCAUCAGCCUAAUGUUAAAUUUCCUGCUAGCUGCCUAUGACACGGAAGGACAUGGUAAAAUUACGGUUUUUGCUGUCAAAAUGGCGUUGGCCACACUCUGUGGAGGGAAAAUUAUGGACAAAUUGAGAUAUAUUUUUUCCUUGAUCUCAGAUUUGAGUGGUGUCAUGGUAUAUGGAAAGUAUGAUUUAUUUCUAAGGGAGAUUCUGAAGCUUCCCACUGCAGUUUUUGAAGGUCCAUCGUUUGGUUAUACAGAACAGUCAGCAAGGUCUUGUUUUUCACAGCAGAAAAAAGUUACCUUAAAUACUUUCUUGGAUACACUGAUGUCCGACCCACCACCGCAGUGUCUUGUCUGGUUACCUCUUCUGCAUCGACUGGCGAAUGUAGAAAAUGUCUUCCAUCCUGUUGAGUGUUCCUAUUGCCAUAGUGAGAGCAUGAUGGGUUUUCGGUAUCGCUGCCAGCAGUGUCACAAUUACCAGCUCUGUCAAGACUGCUUUUGGAGGGGUCAUGCCAGUGGUUCCCAUAGUAACCAGCACCAAAUGAAAGAGUACACGUCAUGGAAAUCACCUGCUAAGAAGAUAACUAAUGCCCUUAGCAAGUCUUUAAGCUGCGCUUCCAGCCGUGAACCUCUACAUCCUAUGUUCCCUGACCAGCCUGAAAAACCUCUGAACCUGGCUCACAUUGUGCCUCCCAGACCUGUUACCAGCAUGAACGACACAAUCUUCUCUCACUCGGUUCCCUCAGGAAGUCCUUUCACAAACAAAAUCUCACCUACAAAGAAUACUGAAGCAGAACAGAGCACAUUUCUGUCUAAGGCUGCUCCAGUUUUGCUGAAAGGCAAAGGGUUACAUUACAGCCUGGAUGUGGCAGACAGGCUGGCUGAUGAACAUGUUCUCAUCGGGGUGUAUGCCAGUAUGCUACAGAACAACCCGUCACGAAUGCUUGAUAGCCCAAGCCGUUUAGAUGAAGAACACAGGUUGAUUGCCAGAUAUGCAGCAAGGUUGGCAGCUGAAACAACAACAUCACAGGUUCAGCAGAGAGGGGGCCCAGAUAUCUCCUUUACCAUUGAUGCAAAUAAGCAACAGAGACAGCUCAUUGCAGAACUUGAAAACAAAAACAGAGAAAUCUUGCAGGAAAUUCAGAGGUUGCGGAUUGAGCAUGAACAGGCUUCUCAGCCCACACCUGAGAAAGCACAGCAGAAUCCCACUCUCCUUGCUGAACUACGGCUGCUCAGACAGCGCAAGGACGAGCUGGAGCAGAGGAUGUCUGCGCUGCAGGAGAGCAGGCGGGAACUGAUGGUGCAGUUAGAAGGCCUAAUGAAACUUUUGAAGGAGCAAGAGUUGAGACAAGCAACUCAAGGGGCGGGCUCCCCUCGCUCUUCUCCCAGUCACACCAUUAGCCGACCUAUUCCAAUGCCUAUAAGGUCGGCAUCGGCCUGCUCCACACCAACCCACACUCCUCAGGACUCUCUGACCGGGGUUGGUGGAGAUGUACAAGAAGCUUUUGCUCAGAGUGCAAGACGGAAUUUAAGAAAUGAUUUACUAGUGGCUGCUGAUUCUAUUACCAAUACAAUGUCUUCUUUGGUGAAGGAACUGAAAUCAGAUGUUGGCAAUGAAACAGAAGGUGGUGUCGAUGCUGAAUAUGGACGUGUUCAUUUUGAUGACCUAGUUCCAUCACCAACCUCUGAGAAGGCUUUUCUUGCCCAAAUACAUGCUAGAAAACCAGGGUUUAACCACAGUUCAGCUGCUACUGGCAAUAUUCACACCAACAUACAAGAUGAUGAAACCUAUGAAAAUGACUCUGUGCGUCAGUUAGAAAAUGAACUGAAGAUGGAAGAGUAUCUGAAACAAAAAUUACAGGAUGAAGCCUAUCAGGUCUCUUUGCAGGGCUGAAUGCAGUAUCAUGUUCCCCUCUGCUCUCAGAUAAGGAUGCCCACGACAUAACAAGUUGUGAUGACACGUUCCUGAGAAAGCACCUCAUGAUCGAGAAGGGGACAUCACCGUGUCUUCUUUGGAAAAUAAAUGAACUACUUCAGAGUCCUUUGGAAUGUAGCACAGUACAUUUAUUUUAUCAUUUGUAGUGUAGGUAUGUUUUUGAGGAGAAAACUAAAAAAACACUUUUAUUUCAGCUAAAACAUAGUUAGCAUCACUGGCAAGAAGUAACGUUUGAGUAAAUGUUUGCACAUGCUGUUUAAUAUGUUAAGUUGACAAUAUCUAUGGUUUCCUCAUGUUUAAUCCCUGUGGUGCCAGAAAGGGUGAUAAGCCAAUUUUAUUCUUCACAGUGUUGGAGGAAAAAAAAUCAGGCAAUCAGGGUCGGGUACUGUUUUUUUGGUGCCCUCAACUGCCCAUGUUCAUUUUGUUUCACUUCUGUCCUCUAACAGCGCUGAUUGAAUGUGCACAGGUCACUUGCCUGCUUUCAAACAUAAAAUGACAUUAGAAAAGGCUAUAAAAUUAUCCUGUACUGCCUCUCAUUCGAUGCAGCUCGCAGCUAUAUUUGCAGAACACAUAAAGGGGAGUGGUUUCUAGGCGAUACAGACAUUUAAACAAACAGUGCCAGAAAAUAGCAGACAUCUGAAUGCUUAUUUACCACGUGGAAAUCAUUGCCUGGUGUUGAUAGAUAUACAAGUUUAGAAUCUUUUGGGCAUCGCAUACAGGUGAACAAUAAGAAGCCAAUGAUAUGUAGAAUAACAAUUCUUCACCUGUGUGUAACUACUAGAUAUCUGAGUGCCUUAGUUCCAUCUGUACCUACUCAGCCACGUCUGGUAGCAGUGGCCAAGCAAAGAGUACUGCUGUUUUUAACGUCAAACUACAAUGCAUCUCUUUGCUCUAAAAUGGGACUGUAUCUGUUCAGUGACCUUUAUAUGCUCAAUAGGGAUUUUACUAGGAUGACCUAUGCUGCACUUAAAUUAGCCAGAGACACUACUACAAUGCACAGGUUUACAGCAUCCACAGUGCAUCUAUAAAUAUAUAUAUCUCUAAAAAUAUUUUUUUAACUUCUAGAAGCAGCAUAUUUUAUUCAGAUGUUUUAUUUGCAGGAUUUGCACGUUAAUAGGGAUUGCAAUCCUGGAUGUUAUCUAGUUAGAAUUUAGAAGUAAGGCACUUAUACCUAUAGAUCCAUAUAAUGCUUUAUAACUAUUUAUAUCACUAGAUAAUUGGAUACAUUGCUUUAAAUAUUCUGAUGCAUUAUAAUUAUUAUUAAUUUUUAUUUUUUUAGAGAUAAUUUGUUUAUGCAAAAUUCACUGAAUAUGAUUUAUAAUUUAGGGCUAAUGUAUAAUUUAGGAUUGUUUUCCUCCAAAUGCUCUAACCAAUCAGCCAUACAAGUUGUUAGUGUAAAUAUAUAUUUUUCAUACUCAGUAUAGACACUGUCAUAUACAAAAUAAAAAUAUAUACAAUGUUCAAAUUAUGUAGAAUAUAGUUUUGAAAUCUGCAUAGAUCUUAUUAAAACUGUGAACUAUGUUUUGAACUACUCUCUAUAUAACCCUUUGCCUGCUAGAGGGAUAUUGAUACAUAACAUUUUGUAUACCGCUCUGGAUGCAAAAUUGUUAAAGCUGUUUAUACACCACAGGUGCCAUAUAUGAUCCCCAGCUAACUGAAACGUAGUUGUGAGUUAUGUUCCAUGAUUCCAUUUUAUUUAAAAAAAUUAUUAUUAUUUCCUACUUUUGCUUUAGACAAAAAAUGAAGGUUUUCUUUUCAUUUUUUUGUGCGUGUUUGUUUAGCUGUCCUUUAUGAUUACAGCAUGCUUGCAAAAAUGUGUUCCUUUUAUAAAUGCCUUAUAUGGGCCACCAAACAUUCUACAUGCAGUAUAUGAAUUUUUUAGCAUACAGCUGUAUCAGGGACAAGCACAAGGGCUGAGAAGCUUCACUGUGGGAAAAUAGAAAAAAAAAAGCAGGUGCUGCUACGUUUACUGCAAUUUGGUUUAUAACAUAUGCUUGUUUACACCUUGCAGGCCAGCAAAAAUCAUCUGGAGCCAUCUGUAAGACAAAUGCAUUGUUAUCUGGAUAUCCACAGCUUCCAUUGUAUAUUAAUGACAAAAAUAUUACUGUAAAUUUAUAAUGGGUAAUCUGGUUUCUGUAUAUAAUGAAAAUAAAUAUAUAGGUGCAGGCAGCUAUAUUGAAAUAAAUACACAUUUUCCCAUAGUGUAAACCUUGUCAGAUAUUUUAAAAAUAUGACAGGAAAGGUCAUUAAGUGUAGGGUUUUUCAGUAGUACAACUCAGACAUCUCAGCAAGUCAGGAUUUAGCUGUUACUGCCAGAGAGUGCAGUAGUCUAAAAACUAUUGCCAAGAAACUCUGGUGUAGUCAAAUGCUUGGUUCUGUACAUCUGACUAGUAAUGUUGUGAUUGGUGCAUAAUAAAAUACACAGUUCUCUGUCUUGCUGUUUGGGAAAUACAUCUGUAUUUGUAUUGUCAUGAAGACUAUCUAGUACAGCUAUGACGUUCAGUAUUUAAGCGAUAUCUGACCCCUUGCUGGGAGUAUAUUCAUUUAGCGAGAUAUCUGGUCAAAGGCUCUCAAAUACCACAUAAUCAUGUAAUAUGCUGGAGAAUAAUUGUUUUGUACUGAACAAAUCGUAUAGCUAGGGACAGGACGCUUCAUUAUUACCCAAAUGAACAAAAGUAACAUAAUGAAAUGUACAGUCAAGUAUAAUCAUGGUUGUUGUUGGAAAUCAGAAAUAAAAAGUCAAAAUAUAUUUGAAGUCCAAGAGAAUGUAAGAAACAGACUUGAGAAUAUGGGAUAGGUUUAUACAGAAAAAAGACACAAGUGUUUCCCUAUGGAUAAGUCUGAUAAAUAUCAGCAGUUCCUAUGUUAUUGGGGUACGAUUAAAGGGACAUUGAAAGCUAUAGUUUUCAUUAUUGCAUGUAAAAGACUGUAUUCCAAAAAGUGUCAUUUAAAAAAAAAUGUUUGUUGCCUAAACCUAGUUUUCUUUACUUGCUUGUAAAGUUCCUGUCUUCAUGUCCAUUGAUAAUGUUGAAGGAGUUUAUCAGCCAAUUCAUAUUUAUUAUCAGCUGUGCAUAGACAUUAAUUUAUUUCUAGUUUCAAUUUAUGAUUAAAAUGUUUUAAUUCAAUUUGGGGGUUUUUUUGUUUGUUUUUUAAAGGGACAGUAAACCCAAAAGUUUUCUUUCAUGAUUCAGGUAGAACAUACCAUUUUAAACAAAUUUCUAGUUUACUUCAAAUUUUCUUGUUGUCCUUUGUUGAAAAGCAGUGUGUACAUGUCUGUAGCACUAUAUGACAGCAGUUUUGAAACAAUGUUAUAGAUUAGCAAGAGCACUAUUUCCUGUCAUAGAGUGCUCCAGACGUGUGCACGCUACCUAUCUAGAUAUCUCUUCAACAAAGAAUAACAUGACAACAAAACAAAUUUAUUUAUAGAAAUUAAUUGGAAACUUUUAAAAAAAAAAUUAUCUAUCUGAAAAAAUAGAGAAAAAUUGAGUUUCAUGUCCUUUUAACUUACGUAUCUAUCUGUUGGUCUUUUAUAUUCAUGAAAAUUUUAGCUUUCAGUUUCUCUAAUUUUUUCUGAAGAUAAAGAGCUCUCUGCACAUUAGAGAGCCUUUAACAAAUAGAAAGAAUUCAGUGAAAUAACAGGAUGGUUUUACUAUUUUUUCUGAAUGAUCACGGAAUGUAAUACUGAUGGAGAUAUGGAAUGUAGUAGAUGCUCAGAAUGCUUUGUGUGGCCUUCAUUUUGAUACUUUAUGGAGUUGUUGUUUUGUUUUUCUUUUACAUAUGCAUGAGCCAAAUGAUUAUGUUUUUAGCAAAGGUAUUUGUUUUCUUUUUUUCUGUCAUUUCUACAUCAUUUUCCUAAUCAUUAUUGUAGAUAAACCUUGUAAAUAUGGCAACCACAGGUUGCUUCAAUCAAGUGGGUUCAAUGUAAAUUAUGGAGCAACGAUCACCAAGCAACUCCACUGUGCCUGAAUGGGCUUUUGACUUCUGAACCAAAAAAACGAAACAGAAAAAAAAGACAGGAAACAAUCUCAAGGCUACUAACCGAUGUUUUUAAUUCUACCUACUGUACUUGACCAUUUGAGACAGAAAGAAUAGACAUAUUAAAGAAUUUGACAAUUUUCAUUGGUAUUGUAACAAAAUUACUAUUGUAUGUAAUUUUUUGUAUUGCUGUUAAGUAUUGUUUUGUGUGAGUGUUGGAUCCUACACGGCGACAUGUCCUAUUUUGAAGUGGUUAUUAUAAUUGUUCGUCUAUAUUUUGGAAUGGAAUUAUUUCUUCAUUAAAAAAUGAUUUUUAAAAACA